ACGAUUUUUCCCAGUCGGAGCUAUUUUUUUUUUCUCCAGAGUUGUCUUGAACGCAAUGAAGUCGGAGAUUUACCAGUUACAAUUUGUUUUGAACAGAGCAUCAAUUGGCACAAACCUACUUGCGCUGAGUUGAGAAACCGGUGGUUGUAUUCGAUACAAGUCUUUAUUAAUUAAAAGUUAGAAUUUCAGCAUCCCGCGGAAGGACGGCAGUUGUACAGGACAAACAUAGGUACAGACCUCCAGUCGUCGUCGGUCCGGUGUGUGACGUGCCAUUUUAAACACGUUGGCUGGUUGUGCGCUUGUAAACAACAGGCUACUGAUUUCGUCCUGGGCACAGGGCAGGUAAGACACGCGGGAGAGAACAUAACUAGGAAGAGUGAACACCUUUUUUAGGUGCUCAGCGCAUACCAAGCGUCGAUGCAACAGAUUUGUGCAGGUUUUUAGGUGGAAUAUUUUUGUCAAUUUAUUGGAUCCAUUUUUGGAGGGGGAAUGGCAUGUCUUAUGGCAGCAUUUUCUGUGAAUAACGCCACUGUCACUAACUCCAUCCUAAUGAACACCAAUGGGCCUCCUGAUCUGAUGCUGGACCCCAGGACUGUAUGUGUAUCUCUUGAUGAAGUGGUAUCCAAUCAUUUGAGCAGUCAACAUACUCCAUUAUUAAAUGGGCAUCUCAAGAAAGUGGAGAACAGUCUAACUGAAGCCCAACGUUUUUCCUACCUGCCACAUCGACCAGCAGUUAACAUUGAGUUCAAAGAUGUCAGCUACUCAGUUCCAGAGGGACCAUGGUGGAGAAAGAAAGGUUACAAGACUCUGCUGAAAGGGAUCUCUGGAAAAUUCACCAGUGGCUGCCUGGUGGCCAUCAUGGGUCCCUCAGGAGCUGGGAAAUCUACGCUGAUGAACAUUCUGGCCGGCUACAGAGAGACAGGGAUGAAGGGGGAAAUCUUGAUCAAUGGGCAGCCUCGUGACCUACGCUCUUUCAGGAAGGUCUCGUGCUACAUCAUGCAGGACGACAUGCUUCUGCCUCACCUCACAGUACAAGAAGCCAUGAUGGUGUCUGCUAAUCUGAAGCUCCAGGAAAAGGAUGAGGGCAAGAGAGACAUGGUGAGGGAGAUCCUGACGGCCCUGGGCCUGCUUGAGUGUGCGAAAACCCGAACGUCACAUCUAUCAGGGGGGCAGAGAAAAAGGCUGGCUAUCGCCCUGGAGCUUGUCAACAACCCUCCCGUCAUGUUUUUUGACGAACCCACCAGUGGCCUGGACAGUUCCUCCUGCUUCCAGGUGUUGUCUCUGCUGAAGGCCCUAGCCCAUGGUGGCCGCACCGUCAUCUGCACCAUCCACCAGCCCAGCGCCAAGCUCUUUGAGCUCUUCAACAAGCUGUAUGUCCUUAGUCAGGGCCAGUGUAUCUACAGAGGGAAUGUACCUAACCUGGUCCCCUAUCUUAGAGAGCUGGGGCUCAACUGCCCAACGUACCACAACCCUGCAGACUUUGUGAUGGAGGUGGCGUCUGGGGAGUACGGAGAUCAGACGGCGCGUCUGGUGAAGGCCGUGCAGGAGAGGAAAUGUGAGCAGGUCUACAAGACAGACAUGAACAAUGGACCCCUCAAUCCCUUCCUGUGGCACAAAUCGUCUGAGGAGGACUCGUCUUCCAGUGAGGGCUGCCACAGUUUCUCGGCCAGUUGUCUGACUCAGUUCUGCAUCCUGUUCAAAAGGACGUUUCAAAGCAUUAUUAGAGAUACGGUGCUGACUCACCUAAGAAUCUGCUCUCACAUUGGAAUUGGGAUUCUGAUUGGCCUGCUCUACCUGGGCAUCGGCAACGACGCCAAGAAAGUGCUCAGCAACUCUGGCUUCCUCUUCUUCUCCAUGCUUUUCCUCAUGUUUGCUGCUCUAAUGCCUACUGUUCUGACCUUCCCUUUAGAGAUGGGAGUUUUCCUAAGAGAGCACUUGAACUACUGGUACAGUCUGAAGGCUUACUAUCUGGCCAAAACUAUGGCGGACCUCCCCUUCCAGAUAGUGUUCCCAGUCGCCUACUGCAGCAUCGUCUACUGGAUGACGUCCCAGCCGCCUGACGCUGUGCGUUUCAUCCUUUUCUUGGCCCUGGGAGUCCUCACCUCUCUUGUGGCUCAGUCUCUGGGCCUGCUGAUAGGAGCGGCUUCCACCUCUCUACAGGUUGCCACGUUUGUAGGUCCGGUGACUGCCAUACCCGUACUGCUUUUCUCUGGCUUCUUCGUCAGUUUCGACACAAUUCCGUGGUAUCUUCAGUGGAUGUCAUACAUUUCAUAUGUCAGGUAUGGCUUUGAAGGUGUCAUCCUCUCCAUCUAUGGCCUGGACCGGGAGGACCUCCACUGCAACAAGGAUGAAACAUGCCAUUUCCAGAAGUCGGAGGCCAUCUUGAAAGAGCUUGACGUGGAAGAUGCCAAACUGUACCUUGACUUCAUAGUGCUUGGCAUGUUCUUUGUGAGCCUCCGCCUCCUUGCAUACUUUGUGCUGCGCUAUAAGAUCAGUGCAGAGAGGUAGACUGGAGAGUGAGGGUAGGAGGAAGAAGGCCUAGAUCGCUUGCAUGCUGGAAUACUGCUUCUGGAGACCUCCAGGCAGUGACCAGAAACACACCAUGCACACUGCAGAAAUUAUGGGUACACUAUGUGGCGGUGGCACGAAAGGGCUGGAUUUUGACACUUGACUGGCCAAUCAGAACAUUCUCCAUGGCUAAAUAUGUGGUUGCUUUACAGUCUUUUAUGUUUUGCAUUGUCAUCAACGCCAAUUUGAAUGUCAGUCCGCUAUAGCGUUAAAUAGUUAAAUAGUCUAUAGAAAGACUAUUAAAUAGUCUAUAGAAACAAACUAACUAAAUGUAGGCCCACCCAUCUUUCCUAAAUAUAUUGAACAUGUUGGCAGUCCACAUUGCUCUAUGUAAUUGCAUUGCUUCAAUAUGGAAAUAUAUUAUUAAACAUAGCAUUCACACUGAUAUGAGCUAGGCCUACUGUAAAUGUCAUUAUGGCUGAGCCAUGGACAUGCCAAACGUUGUCAAUAAGCAAGAUGUAAUUCACUAUUGAUGAGGCCUAAAGAGUGAAUCAUUCCAAUCAAAUUCUAAUCAAAAGAAAAAGUUGUUUUAAGUAGGCUGUCUAAAUACAUGUUUAAAUGUUUUGUAGUAAACAAGUGUUUCCAAUGACAUCAUCAACCAAUUAGUAGACCAUUAGUAGGCAAUGUUUACUCACAAUUGGUCAAAAUCACAUUAUGCACACUGAUGAUGUCAUUGGAAACACUUAUCUUUUUUUUUACAACAAAACAUAGAAACUCACCAUUUUCACAUGUUGAUGUUGGGGUGAUGAUGAAUAUGAAGUUGGAAAAAAUGUGGUGUUUCCCUUUAAGGGUAGACUACAGGAUGGCUUGGUUUGUAAUCAUGUGAAACGGAAAACAAGCAAUUGUUACAGGAACAUAAGUUCUAAAGGGUCACCAGCAUUAUCUCAUCUCUCCUUUCAUGAUGGGCAUAUGGACACAAGUAGCCUGCCUGGAGUUUUUUUUAUUUUUACGCACGUCCAAAACGGGAGCUGGCUAAAAUAACACACAUAUAUACAUACAUACAUACAUACAUACAUACAUACAUACAUACAUACAUACAUACAUACAUUAUAUAAGGGGAUGUCCACUUACUGUUUUUUUUCUGUUUUUCUGCUCCCAAACGUUCAUUUUUAAUUAAGCUUUGUUGGUUAAGAUGUAUUUCAAAACGGUCUCACUAGCGAAACCCUUUAUUGUUAGGCUUGGCUACUUGGCGAACGCAUUGGGCAGGACAAAACAACUGCCUUCAUUGAGAGGAAGGGAGGAUUAUGCACAAUUUUUAAUCAAAUGAAACCAAAUGAGAAAACAUAUCCUCUCUUCUUCCAUGAGUAUAAGGGUCACAGCUGGAUAGGUUGCGCUUCAGCUCACAAAAUCCUUGCCAUUACCAACCGCAAAGACCGGCUUUUCAUUGGUCUUAAGUCUCCCGAUAUGCGCUGCAUGAAAUUGUCACUUUUGAACUUGUUUUCAUGGGCACGCCUAAAAUAUUUACACAGCGCAAGCAAGCUGAUAUUAGAUUGAUGCGCUGCUGAACCUGGCACAUGGGGUGGAAAACGCCAAAGCGACAGUUUUUACAUGCUGAAUUUGUGUGUUUGGCACUUGUGCCGUAGCUCCAGCCGAAAAUAGAGCUACAUGCACUGGCCACAUGUGUAAACCUCAAAAAUAGUGGAAUGAAUAGCAAAGGAAUGCAUUAAAGGGAUAGCUCACCCAAAUUAAAUUAAUAAAACAAUUACAUUGGUUUACCAUUACCCUGUAAGUAGUCUAUGGACAAGUUAAGACAGCAAUCCAUGCUUUGGUUUUGUUUAUUUGACCACUGUCUCCAAAUGCUAACUUUUUAGCAUUCAUGUCAUAAUUACAAUAUGUCGUUAGGGUGAACUAUCCCUUUAAGUUGUGAAUUAGGCAUUAAAUGAUGUACAGGUUGCAUAACAUGACAGCAGAACUGCAUGAAACAAAUUAAGCUGCUUAAUCUCUUUAGUGGUUUACUUCUAUGGCCUGAAAAAUAUACUUUAUAUAUUUUUAAUUAAAUAUCAGUAGAAAGUAUGAUGAAUUUUAAAAAAAACUUGAAAACAAAUGACACACUACAUAAUGUGAUACUGCAAAUAUCAAUGCAAAACCUUUUGUAAAACAUUAUAAUAUGCUUUUGUAGAUUGGUAUGUUUUUGUCAUCACUUUAUUUUGUGUUGCAAUAUUUCACACAGAGGUUGAAACUCUAAUAAAACACUGCAGAGGAAAUGUUGCAUGUUACACUAUUUCAAAGCUAUGUUUUAAUGGCAGUGUUAUGAACAUGUUUUCAGUACAUAGGAUAGUAUUUUUAAAUAUGUUUAAUUGGCUUGCUGGAGAGGAGGCUUUAAAAGUUUAAUGUUUAGACAAACCCCACUCUGAAGUUCUGAACUCAUUGGAACAGCUUUCUAUCAAGAAUGUGGGGCAUUACCAAAUUAUUUUUUGUACAUUGGUUUGUUUUUCCAAUUGUUUAGCUUUUCCUCCUUUGAAUCCCCUUUAUAUAUACACGAUACACUGAUUAUACAAAACAUUAAGAACACCCACCUAAUAUUGAGUUACACCCACCUAAUAUUGAGUUGCACCUCCUCCCUUUCUUCCUCAGAACAGCCUCAAUUUGUUGAGCCAUGGACUCUAAUGUAUCAAAGCUUAAAAAUCCCUCUUUAACCUGUCUCCUCCCCUUCGUCUACAUUGAUUGAAGUGGAUUGAACAAGUGACAUCAAUAAGGGAUCAUAGCUUUCACCUGGUCAGUCUGUCAUGGAAAGAGCAGGUGUCCUUAAUGUUUUGUAUAUACUCAGUGUAGAUUACCUCAUGGUAAACUGCAGACCCUUUUAUCUACCAAAAUAAUCUACAUCCCGCUUCCAUAAUGUUUUGUAGGUCGAUUCUUGCAUCAAACUAAAGCUGUAUUUGAAUAAUGUUUUAUUUUCAAGUGUUGAGAUACUCAGUUUAUAGCUCAUAUUUUCUGCAACGUGUGAACUGUUACGUACUGACAUUGUAGAUGAAUGAAAUUAAUAAAGUUGCAAUAUUUUUCACAUGA